AUUGCGGACGUGUGCUGUCUGGAUGAGGACGCUCUGUAUUCUCACAUAUUAAUUGGGCUUAAAACAUUUCAGUUCGCUGUUUGAGUUACGCGUGUUUUCAUGAGGGCACAUGGUGAAGUGUUAAUCUUUGUGGUGGGCUUGGUGUGGUCGUCUCUAGCCGUUUUCGUGCUUGACGUUUGGUGGUGGUAACUGGUAGACUGUAACCAGUAUUUUGCAUAUGAAAAAUGAUUGGAAUUAAGUACCAUGCGACCUUUCCUCUUGCUGCUGGUGCACUAUUUGUAGCCAUUCCAUAUAGCAUCUCGCUUGUUGCCCAGUGGUUGUACGGUUGGCCCAAUAAACCAGGCUACAAAAAGUAUAUAGAGGCGCUCAAACCCAGGCGAAUAUACUGUUUGACAAGAGCUGUCCUGGAAAUGCUGAAGUAUCUGCAGUAUGGCAAACUGUAUUUCCAGUGGAAGUCAUGGUACAAGAAUGUCAACAAUAAUAAGCAUUGUGUGAAGGGCAUCACUUUUGGUCGUAGAGGCAACAAAUUAGACUUGUACCAUUCCCCAAGCAUGGGCCAGCCAAAGACUGGGCUUAUUCCAGUUAUAGUGUUUGUAUAUGGAGGUGCCUGGGGCUCAGGAGAGAGAUCAACGUACUGUCUACUCGCGCUACAAAUGGCCCAAGAACUUAGUGCCUCCGUGAUUUGCCCUGAUUAUUCCAUAUAUCCAAAAGGGAAUGUUUUAAAUAUGGUGCAGGACAUAAGUGACAGUCUGAUAUGGGUGCGAGAGAAUGGCCAUUUUUUCAAUCUUGACAAAGACAACAUUGUGUUAAUAGGCCAUUCAGCAGGUGCUCAUCUUUGUGCCCUGACAACACUGUUUCUUGUGGAAGGUGUGGAUGAGCUGUUUAUUGAACAAUCCCAGCAGAGGGAAAUUACAAACUCUAUUAAAGGAAUCAUAGGUUUGAGUGGCGUGUACAAUAUAAUGGAUCAUUAUCGACAUGAGAAAAUGCGAGCUGUGGAAUAUGUCUCGACUAUGCACAAAGCCAUGGAUGGCAUAGAGAACUUUGAUUAUUAUUCACCUACAGUACUACUUCAGAGACUGAACAAGAGCCAGUUAAAAAGAGUUCCUCCAAUAGCUUUACUCCAUGGCACCAAUGACAUCAUCGUUCCAGUGGAGUCAUCCUUAAAAUUCUCUGAGGUCCUCACUUCGCUCUCCAUUCCAGUGGCCUUGUAUCUCCUGCCUAAGAUGGAUCACACCAAGAUUGUUACUGAUCUCAUGGCACCUGAAAGGCACUUUUAUCAUACAGUAUUUGCCUGCAUCAAACAGGAAUGCAGAAAAUGUAUUAAACCAUGUUAAUGUUUGACUUAGAUUGUUAUAACUGUUAAUUGUGCUGAGUGUUUAACAUCAUUCGGCUGUUUUUCCACAUGCUGUAUUUGUUUUACGCUCCUCACAUUAUUUGAAACAUUUUUAAUCACAAAAUACUGUUAUUGCCAUUAUUAUAGCAAAUGAGUGAGACCAAGGAAUUUAUACUAUAUAUUUUAUUUGUGAUAAUUUACAGUCUGUACAGUCUGAAUCAUUUAUAUCCUGUUAAAAUUUUCUGCUCAGCCUUCAGUGUUAUUACAUUCAAUUUAUCUUUGCACUAAAACUGAGAAAUGUAUUCCAUAUGCAUCAGUAAUUUAUUUAUCAACAAAACUGAAAUGCAUAAAUAAAUAAA